CUCGCCGAGAUCCUCGUGCUCGUGGGCGGCUGCGACCAGGACUGCGACGAGCUGGUCACCGUCGACUGCUACAACCCGCAGACGGGCCAGUGGCGCUACCUGGCCGAGUUCCCCGACCACCUGGGCGGGGGCUACAGCAUCGUCGCGCUGGGCAAUGACAUCUACGUGACGGGCGGGUCCGACGGUUCCCGGCUCUACGACUGCGUGUGGAGGUACAACUCGAGUGUGAAUGAGUGGACGGAGGUGGCGCCCAUGCUGAAGGCCCGCGAGUACCACAGCUCCUCUGUGCUGGAAGGACUGCUGUACGUGGUGGCCGCUGACAGCACAGAACGCUACGACCAUACUACUGACUCCUGGGAGGCCCUGCAGCCUAUGACCUACCCCCUGGACAACUGUUCCACCACCGCCUGCCGCGGCCGGCUCUAUGCAAUCGGCUCCCUGGCUGGCAAGGAAACCAUGGUGAUGCAGUGCUAUGACCCGGACACCGACCUGUGGUCGCUGGUGGACUGUGGCCAGCUCCCCCCCUGGUCUUUUGCCCCCAAGACUGUGACUCUGAAUGGGCUCAUGUACUUUGUCAGGGAUGACUCUGCUGAGGUGGACGUGUACAACCCAAUGAAGAACGAAUGGGAUAAGAUCCCGUCUAUGAAUCAGGUGCACGUGGGGGGCAGCCUGGCCGUCCUGGGAGGCAAGCUGUACGUCUCUGGGGGGUACGACAAUACAUUUGAACUCUCGGACGUGGUGGAGGCCUACGACCCAGAGACUCGGGCGUGGAGCGUGGUGGGGCGGCUCCCAGAGCCCACCUUCUGGCACGGCAGUGUCAGCAUCUUCCGCCAGUUCAUGCCCCAGACCCUCCCAGGCGGGCGUGGCUUUGAGUUGGACAGUGGCAGCAAUGACAUGGACCCGGGCCGACCCCGGCCGCCGCGGGACCCUGACGAGCUGCACUAGCCCUGGCCUGGCCCAGCACGGGCCUCAGUGCAGGUAUCCUGGCACCCCUGAGGGGGCAGUGCCCCUCCUUCAUGCAUGAGGACAGGCUGGGCUCACCGGGCAGAGCACAGGCUCUCGGGUGGCUGAGCGAAUGCAGGAGCCACUGCCUGGAAGGUCCCUGUGCAUUUAGAGCCUGAGGUCUCACUGCUGGCGUCAAAGCCAGUUGUGAAUGCCCCACCGCCGUGGGUGAGGAAGAACCACUUCCCUGCCAGCACGUCUGGCUCUGGGGGGUCACCCCCUACCUUCGGACCUCCAGCUUACCCGUACAGCGAACACCUCUCCUGCUGCCACCACCUGUACCUACUGGCUCCCACCUUGGGAGAGGAGGGCAACUUGGGGGGCGGAUAAGUGAAAGGGGGGAUCCUCCCGUGAAGCUCUGAGGAAGGCCUGGG